UCCUUUUCUCUGCUGCUGCUGGAUGGUGCGUUAGGAGCGCACGCAGGACGGCACCGGGGGCUUCCCUUCUGUCUGAUGGAGACGGGCUGAUGAGGGGGACAAGGUCCGGCCGGCACCUCGAGGAUCCCGCAGAAAAAGGACUCCGCUCCUGCUGCUGUGAAAGCCGCGGGGAGCGGGCACGAACCAGGGCAGCGAGAGGGGAGACACCGGAGAUCCUCCAUCAUCUGAAGGUCUCCUGCCUCUCUUCCAGGGCGUGUCUUGGGGAUUGUGUCUAACAUGCACGCUCCCAUGAGUGUGUAGCCUGUAGAGUCAAGAGGAGUGCUAAGUGUGUGUGUUUGUGUGUGUGAGUGUAUACUUGAAGCACAGACAUGGGCUCUGUGGGAGCAGAGCGCCGCAGGCCCACACCGGUCCAGACGCCUGAGGAGAGAGAUGUGUGGAGGGAUGGAGGGAGAGCUGGAUGGAGGGAUGGAGGCAGGGAGGGGUGGAGGGAGGGCAGAGAGAGCGGCGUGGUGCAGAGCUACAGCUUCGACUCAUACCAACUGGAGGAGGAGGAGAUCAGUAAAGACGCCCCGGAGCGAGGAGUGCUGGCUCUGUCCGAGCCCGACUUUGAGGAGCCGAUCCCUGACGACCGUUACCAUGGCAUCUACUUUGCAAUGCUAUUGGCUGGCGUGGGUUUCCUGCUUCCCUACAACAGUUUCAUCACUGAUGUGGACUACCUGCACCACAAGUUUGAAGGGACGUCCAUAGUGUUCGACAUGAGUCUGACGUACAUCCUGGUGGCUCUGCUGGCCGUCAUCCUCAACAACGUGCUGGUGGAGAGACUCAGCAUGCACACCAGAAUCACUGUGGGUUACAUCUUAGCUCUCGGGCCGCUGGUCUUUGUCAGUGUGUUUGAUGUGUGGCUGGGCAAGUUCACCACCAGGCAGGCUUAUAUCAUCAACCUGGUGUCAGUUGGAGUGGUGGCCUUCGGAUGUACAGUGCAGCAGUCCAGUUUCUAUGGUUACAUGGGGAUGCUGCCCAAGAGGUACACGCAGGGGGUGAUGACUGGAGAGAGUACAGCAGGUGUGAUCAUCUCCCUGUCUCGCAUCUUCACCAAGCUGCUGAUCCCAGACGAGAGGAGGAACACGCUCAUCUUCUUCCUCGUCUCCAUCAGCAUGGAGAUGCUCUGCUUCCUGCUUCACCUGCUGGUCCGCCGCUCCCAAUUUGUCCACUACUACACCAAUCACGCCCAGGGCAAAGGUCAAGGCAGAGGUCACGACCCGCGCGACAACGGGACCGGAUACAGAGUUCACCAUGAUGUCACGGCAGAGGAAGGAAAUGGUGGGACAGCACCAGCCACUACAGAGGAUAGCAUUGAGGACUUUGAGGGUGGGACCUAUGUGCGAUUCGACGCCCCGAAAGCCAAGAUAAGGAGGAGCUGGCCUGGUGUCCGCGACAUGAUCUUGCAUCGCUACGUGGUGUCCCGCGUGAUCUGGGCCUACAUGCUGUCUAUAGCAGUAACCUACAGCAUCACUCUGUGUCUCUUCCCCGGACUCGAGUCAGAGAUACGAAACCCCAUGUUAGGAGAGUGGCUCCCCAUCCUCAUCAUGGCCACCUUCAACAUGUCCGACUUUGUUGGCAAGAUCCUGGCAGCGCUGCCGUACGAUUGGUCCGGAGGCCGCCUGCUCUUCUUCUCCUGUCUGAGGGUGGUCUUCAUCCCUCUGUUCGUCAUGUGUGUGUACCCGGCCGACGCGCCCACCCUGUCUCAUCCCGCCUGGCCCUGUCUCUUCUCCCUCCUCAUGGGAGUCACCAACGGCUACUUCGGGUCUGUGCCGAUGAUCCAGGCUGCGGGCAAAGUGCCGCCCGAGCAGAGGGAGCUGGCAGGGAACACCAUGACAGUCUCCUAUAUGACAGGCCUGAUGGUGGGCUCUGCUGUGGCGUAUGCAGCUUACAGCUUCACCGCUCAUGCAUCAGGAACCCGCCUCUCCCCAGUCAAUAUACACACACCUGCCAACGCUACAGGGUUCUGAAUGUCCACACACAAUAAAACACACACACAGAUGUAAACACACAUACAUGUACACACACCUGCAGCCAUUUACACACACAAGAUCCCGGCCAGGAGAGGCAGCAGAGACUGAUGGACUCAAGUCCAGCUGCAGAAAGACAUCUGUAAAGAACUCUUUAAAGGUUUAUACUCCGAGAGACUGAUUCUCCUUCGCUUUGAUUUGACUCAUCCGGGAAAAAAAGUGGAAUAAGAUACAAAAAAAAUGGAGGAAAUUAUGUAAAACAGUAAAAACGUAGCAGAUUUCUACACUCUCUCUUCAGCCUGGUGGUUCACUGACCUUCAAAUGUCACGGCUCUGCUGUGAUGAACUUUUCCCUGGAGGUGGAGAACAGCAGCUGUGCAUCUGUCAGAGGGCCAACAGAAGCCCUUUGAGUGUCUCACAGUGAAAUUAUUGUCUGUAUGUGUGUGCGAACAGACCGCCUGACAUUUGUACAGUGUAAAGUCAAGUGGUUUUUCGCUGCAGGGAACGAACGGCUCGCAGAUUUCGAGGAUACCUCAUGUCACAGGUCACAUACAUGUUACAUUUCACAAUGUUGAUAUUCAGAGUGGAGAGAUGAUGUCAGCGUGGAUUUUUCUUGACCAUAUGUUUCAGCUAUUUCCUUAUUAUAAUCUCCGACAGCCUCUGACUGCUAGAGCUCUGAUCAGGCCUGAAAAAUCAGGCUCCACCGUACAUGUACACACAUACUAUCUGUCCAAGUCUAACCAGAGCUCGAAACACGGCAGCAGUUUUGGGCCUGAGCUCGAUUGAAAACCCAAAUUAAAACACUUAUUACAAGCCAAAGCCAAGUAGUCUUUUCAGCGUGGUAACACGAUCUCCGACAUGCGCCUAGUAAUCUAACCCUAAACAUUUUCAUUAUUUAUCAUGGAUUAAUGGCAACACAUCCCAAACAUUAUUCAUGACAUUACACAGAUGAUAACGGCCCAGACAUCCAACCAACAUCAAAGAACUAGUGGCGAUUAUUACGUUGCCUGUGACUCGGCCAAAAAGUUUGUCUGAACACACCGAAAAGUCAAAGCCAACGGCCAACUAGCAAGUAUGUUCUGCGCCUUUGUGAGAGGAAGUGACUGUAGUCUGUAUUCGUUAUUCAAAAAGGGAAACCAGUAUACUGACAAGACGGAUUCAAGAAGCUAGUUAGCCAGUUAGCACGUUAACAACACAACCUUAAGACCAGACUCAGACUCAGACCAAAGAUUUGCGA